GCGUUUGAGAUUAUUUCUCCGUUGCCACCAGCCUCGGGCUGCUCAAAGCAGUGAACGCAAACCUCGGAUCCUUCCCCGACUCUGUUCCCUCCGCAUCAGCCAGACCGUCAGGCACGUUGCCCAUGCGGUCAGAAGCUUCACCAUACACUGUGGGAGUUGACAUUGCCUGCGCCAUGACUGGCUGGAAGGAUGACGUUGCCGGCCGCAGAAUGCGGCAGUAUGUACACAUUGCUGAUAUUCGACGUCACGCUUGUUCCGGCCUUUUCAAUAUAAGAGCCUACAUCGAGUCCAACAUCAUAGACUCACUUACCCCGGGCAAUCAGUCUGAACCUCAACAAAAUGCAAGCCAGAACUCUUCAUUCGUUCCGGGCCCGGUGCCUACCACAUGAUACCAUUCGCCUUGUAGGCUGCUCGCGAGCUCAAGUGAUCGCGUCGUUCCGGCUGCAACAGCAACAGCACCAGCACCGCUUACCUUACUCAACUAGCCAUGAGCAAACUCCCAUCAGCAGCGACACAAUCAGCGGCAUCCAUGGAGGUGCAGUCAGUGGGGCCAUCAAGCAUGACCACGCUGAAUUGAAAGAGUACUACCACAAAAUUAUGCAGUCAGUCGACAAGGACACUCAGACCAGAUACCAGAACCAAUUCACCUGGGAACUCGCCCGUCAUUCGAUUGGGGAAGAACUUGUUGUCUACCCGGCACUCGAGCAGUAUGUCGAGGGUGGCAAAGAAAUGGCUGAGCACGACCGAGCGGAGCACAGAGAGGUGAAGGAGCUUCUCUACGAAUUUCAAAACAUGUCUGCAUCCGAUCCGGAAUUCAAACCCACCUUGCAAAGACUUUGGGCGACACUGGGCAAGCAUAUCGAGGAAGAAGAGAGCGACGAUCUCCCAAAAUUGGAGAAAGCAUUGCCGCCAGGAGAGAGCGAUUCAAUGGCGAGGAGUUUCGCCAGAACCAAGAUGUUUGUUCCCACGCGAAGCCAUCCGUCGGCACCGGACAGGCCGCCUUUCGAGACUGUUGCAGGGCUCAUGGCAGCACCGAUUGACAGGUUGGGCGAUUUGUUCAGGAAGUUUCCGAAAGAUAAAGAUUAGGUUCAGAGGUGUCCUCGUCCAGUAAUUCAUACUCUUGCCUCUACUCUGCUGCCUUGCCGUCAUCCGCGGCAUCUUCAUUGUCUUCCAACCCACUGCCGAACGUCUUUCUCUAGCCCAAGCUUGAUAUCUCCUGGCAAAGCAUCGCAACCUUUCCUGCUCCAUUGUCAACCCACAUCCCGAAAGUACCGUUCCCAGCGGGAACUUCUGGACGGUGCAAUGC